AUGGUAAAUACACAGCAUUUGGAAGUGGAGUAUACACUGCCGGGAACGGAAAUUCUCUUGACCCAUGAGGAAGGCAGUUCCUCAGAAGAGGGGGCGGUAGAGAAGAUAUGCCUGAUUCCCGAACCAAGUGACCAGCCUGAUGAUCCUCUGAACUGGAGUCCAACAUGGAAGGCAAUUGUUAUAGUCAACCAAGCUAUCUUCGUCUUCAUUAGCGUUCUAACACCUCUGUCAAUCGCGCCACUAACGCCAAUUUUCAUGCAAGAGUUCCGCAUAACUCUUCCAGAAGUAAAUAUGCUAUUUGGGGCAGUGGCUAUAUCUCUCGGAUAUGCAAACUUCAUAAUUGUCCCAUUCAGCAACGUCUUCGGUCGUCGUCCUACAACACUAAUAUGCGGUCUGGUUUGCGUGCUUACGAAUGUUUGGCAAGCGUUGGCAACCAGCUACCCCAGUUUCAUUGGGGCCCGUGUUAUUAGUGGUUUGGGUGCUGCUGCGAAUGAGUCGAUUAUGCCUAUGGUUGUGGCAGAUGUUAUGUUUUUGCAUCAGCGAGGGCUUUGGAUGGGACUUUAUUUCUGGUCAUAUUUUAUUGGGAAUUUCAUUGGACCCAUUAUAUCUGGUAGCAUUGCUGCUAGUAUUUCAUGGAGAUGGUUCUUUUGGGUCUGCACUAUUCUGCAAGCAGGAAAUCUUCUCAUGAUGGUCGCCCUCUUCCCCGAGACACGAUACCAUCGUCCUGAGCUGAGCACUCCCAAUAGUACAUCCAGUACAGAUGUUGCCAACGAAGAAUCCAAACUUGAGGGACCAAUACCCUGUGAGACAGCGCUGAAGCAAGGGCCUCGAUUAGAGACGGGCGACAAUGUCAAGAUUGGCACGAAGCAUCACGAAUCUAGACAUGCUCACUCCCAUCCAGCAACCGAUCAUGUUAAAGGCCGUCCUGCCAAACACCAAUUUUCUCUCAUCCCUCGCCCCAAAAUCUAUGGCGCGUUAAGAGAAACUCUCGUCCGUGAUAUUCUCGCGCCUAUUGAGAUUAUCUCGUACCCCAUCAUCUUAUGGGCUGCUCUCUCCCUCGGCUUUGCUUCCAAUUGCCUCCUCGCGCUCAACCUCACCCAAUCGCAAGUCUUCGCCGCGCCUCCCUACUUUUUCACACCAGCCCAGGUAGGGUUUGUGAAUUUCGCGUUUGUGGUUGGCGGGAUAAUAGGGUUAUGCACUGCUGGACCGGUGAGUGAUUGGGUGAGUAUCUUGCUGGCGAAGAGAAAUAAGGGGGUGAGGGAGGCAGAGAUGAGGCUUUGGGUCUUGAUCCCAUAUAUUGCAAUCUGUUUGGUGGGCAUGACUAUUGCUGCUGUAGGUUACCAGCGACACUGGCCCUGGGCUGUUAUUGUCGUUGUUGGUUAUGGAUUUGUAGGCGUUGAGGUUGUCUCAAUACCUGCAAUUGUCAUCUCGUAUGCUGUCGACUGCUAUAAGCAUAUCCCAGGCCAAAUUAUGGUGACCGCUACCAUUGCGAAGAAUACAUUUGGCUUCGGUAUGAUCUUCUUUUUCAAUGACUGGGCGGUUCGAGCUGGGUUCAUUCCUCCUGUCAUGACCCUGAUGGCUCUCUGCGUAGGAUUUACUUUGAUCGGGACGAUUGUCUUCUUGAAAUGGGGCAAGAGUUUAAGACUUAGGACACGGGACUCGAAGUUGCAUUCUCUGUAA